AUGAACAGUGUGGACCACAUCCCUCAGACCCUGGCCAGUCACAGUAGACCAUCAUCAGUAGAGGAACAGUCACAGAGACACAGUCACUUCAACAGCCAGCAUGGAGCGGACAUGCUCAAACCAGACCCCCGAGACACUUUCUAUAGCAGUAAGUAUAGAGUAUAGCACCAGACAGCCAUGCACAUCUCUCUCUGACGGUCUGUUUCUCUCUUUAUCUUACCCUAUUUUUCAUUUUUCUAGAAACACCAUCAUGGCUCUAUUCCAGUAUCCAUUUGCAUACCACUUACAAUGAAGCAAUUGUACAUUUUAGCAGAUGCUCUUAUCCAGAGUGACUUAUAGUUAGUUCAUCUUAAGAUAGCUAGGUGGGACAACCACAUAUCACAGGCAUAGUAAGUACACUUUUCCUCAAUAAAGUAGCUAUUAGCAAAGUCAGAGCUAGAAAUGGGGGGGAUUCAAGUGCAAGUGUUGGUUCAGAAAAGUGUUUUUAGAGUAUGCAUUCUAGUAUAGACAGUGGAGCGCAGUCUCUGUCUUUUUAAAAAUACAUUUCAUAUAUGCAUAUUCUAAAUAUUAUUUGCUCACCUCUCUCUCUCCCUCUCUCUCGUCCUCCCUCCCUCCCUCUCUCUAGCCCCUAUGAUCCAGGCAUCUCGUCUGGAGAACGUGCUGCCAGCCUGUCUCUACUCCCCGACCUACGUCGUCAAAGACUUCCCCAUAGCCAGAUACCAGGGCCUACAGUUUGUAAGUCAGCCCUCCAGCACUGUGCGUGGGUGUGUGAGUAUGCAUAAGUGCGUGCCUGUGUGCAUGUGCAUGUGGAUGUGCGCAUGUCCACCUACAGUACCGGUCAAAAGUUUGGACACACCUACUCAUUCAAGGGUUUGUCUUUAUUUAUACUAAUCAGAUGGUCCUCUGUAGCUCAGCUGGUAGAGCACGGCACUUGUAACGCCAAGGUAGUGGGUUCGAUCCCCGGGACCACCCAUGCACAAAAAAAAAGUAUGCACGCAUGACUGUAAGUCGCUUUGGAUAAAAGCGUCUGCUAAAUGGCAUAUUUAUUAAUUUUUUAUUUAUUUUCUACAUUGUAGAAUAAUAGUGAAUACAUCAAAACUAUGAAAUUACACAUAUGGAAUCAUGUAGUAACCAAAAAGGUGUUAAACAAAUCAAAAUAGCAAAUAAUUAAAGAGCAGCAGUAAAAUAAAAUAACAGUAGGGAGGUUAUAUACAGGGGGUACCGGAACAGAGUCAAUGUGUGGGGGCAGCAGGUUAGUCGAGGUAAUUGAGGUAAUAUGUACAUGUGGGUAGAGUUAAAUUGACUAUGCAUAAAUAAUAAACAGAGUAGCAGCAGCGUAAAAGAGGCGAUUGGGGUGGGGUGGGGUGGGGAGGCAAUGCAAAUAGUCUGGGUAGCAAUGUUUAGCUGUUCAGGAGUCUUAUGGCUUGGGGGUAGAAGCUGUUAAGAAGCCAUUUGGACCUAGACUUGCCGUGCGGUAGCAGAGAGAACAGUCUAUGACUAGGGUGACUGGAGUCUUUGACAAUUUUUAGGGCCUUCCUCUGACACCGCCUGGUAUAGAGGUCCUGGAUGGUAGGAAGCUUGGGCCCAGUGAUGUGCUGGGCCAUACGCACUACCCUCUGUAGUGCCUUGUGGUCGGAGGCCGAGCAGUUGCCAUACCAGGCGGUGAUGCAACCAUUCAGGAUGCUCUCGAUGGUGCAGCUGUAGAACUUUUGGAGGAUCUGAGGACCCAUGCCAAAUCUUUUCGGUCUCCUGAGGGGGAAUAGGCUUUGUCGUGCCCUCUUCACGACUGUCUUGGUGUGUUUGGACCAUGAUAGUUUGUUGGUGAUGUGGACACCAAGGAACUUGAAGUUCUCAACCUGUUCCACUACAGCCCCGUCAAUGAGAAUGGGGACGUGCUCAGUCCUCUUUUUUUUCCUGUAGUCCACAAUCAUCUUUGUCUUGAUCACGUUGGGGGAGAGGUUGUUAUCCUGGCACCACACGGCCAGGUCGCUGACCUCCUCCUUAUAGGCUCAUCAUUGUCGGUGAUCAGGCCUACCACUGUUGUGUCGUCGGCAAACUUAAUGAUGGUGUUGGAAUCGUGCCUGGCCAUGCAGUCAUGGGUGAACAGGGAGUACAGGAGGGGACUGAGCACGCACCCCUGAGGGGCCCCCGUGUUGAGGAUCAGCGUGGCAGAUGUGUUGUUACCUACCCUUACCACCUGGGGGCGGCCCGUCAGGAAGUCCAUGAUCCAGUUGCAGAGGGAGGUGUUUAGUCCCAGGGUCCUUAGCUUAGUGAUGAGCUUUGAGGGCACUAUGGUGUUGAACGCUGAGCUGUAGUCAAUGAAUAGCAUUCUCACGUAGGUGUUCAUCUUGUCCAGGUGAGAAAGGGCAGUGUGGAGUGCAAUAGAGAUUGCAUAAUCUGUGGAUCUGUUGGGGCGGCAUGCAAAUUGGAGUGGUUCUAGGGUUUCUGGGAUAAUGGUGUUGAUGUGAGCCAUGACCAGCCUUUCAAAGCACUUCAUGGCUACAGACGUGAGUGCUACGGGUCGGUUGUCAUUUAGGCAGGUUAUCUUAGUGUUCUUGGGCACAGGGACUAUGGUGGUCUGCUUGAAACAUGUUGGUAUUACAGACUCAGUCAGGGACAUGUUGAAAAUGUCAGUGAAGACACUUGCCAGUUGGUCACCGCAUGCUCGGAGUACACGUCCUGGUAAUCCGUCUGGCCCUGCGGCCUUGUGAAUGUUGACCUGCUUAAAAGUCUUACUCACAACGGCUACAGAGAGCGUGAUCACAUAGUCAUCCGGAACAGCUGAUGCUAUCAUGCAUGCUUCAGUGUUGCUUGCCUCGAAGCGAGCAUAGAAGUGAUCUAGCUCGUCUGGUAGGCUUGUGUCACUGGGCAGCUCGCGGCUGUGCUUCCCUUUGUAGUCUGUAAUAGUUUUCAAGCCCUGCCACAUCCGACGAGCGUCAGAGCCGGUGUAGUACGAUUUCAAUCUUAGUGCUGUAUUGACUCUUUGCCUGUUUGAUGGUUCGUCGGAGGGCAUAGCAGUACAGCUUUGCACAGUCGUGGCAUUCUCUCAACCAGCUACAUGAGGUAGUCACGUGGAAUGCAUUUCAAAUAACAGAUGUGCCUUGUUAAAAGUUAAUUUGUGGAAUGUCUUUCCUUAAUGCGUUUGAGCCAAUCAGUUGUGUUGUGACAAGGUAGGGGUGGUAUACAGAAGAUAGCCCUAUUUCGUAAAAGACCAAGUCCAUAUUAUGGCAAGAACAGCUCAAAUAAGCUGUAGACAGAUGACAGAUGGUAGACAGAUGGUAGACAGAUGGUCACACAUUGUGUGUGUUUCUGUGUGUGGGCAUGUCUGUGUGUGGGUGUGAGUAUUCCCUGUGAAACAUGCUAGAAACAUGAGAGCUUGAAACAUGCUGUGAAUGGGUGUGUAUGCGAUUGUUUGUUUGUGAGAGAGAUAGGGUGUCUCCUACACUUGGUUUGUUUUUACGGAAAAUGCUUAUAUGAAAUAGUUUCUCAAUCAAAGUUGAAAACCAGAUGUGCUUUCUAAGUAGCUCAGGCACACAGAAUCUCAGUUCUGAAGGCCUCCUACAGCCAAUGGGUCGAUGAGUCAGGAGGUGCUGACCUGCUCCAAUCCACUGGACAGAUGGUAAACUCAACUCCGCGGCCAGUGGGAGACUAGACACUGGCAACGCGUAGGAGGUCGGGUGGCCUCCAUAUAGCCUAGAAGAUCCGAUCCAGCUAUUAAACAGCUUUGCCCCGCUUGAGGCGGACAUACCAGCCCUGGCAGUCAUCUCUGAUUCUGGGAGUACACCAACAGCUAGCAGCCGUCCAGGGGCACCCUGCUCCACAGCUCAGCCGGUCGCUGACCAAAGGAAGCAAGGUGUUGAGCCAUCCUCCACCUCCCCGAGGAUUCCGACGCCAUCCGCUGUUACUGGUACAUGUGCGGUGAGUCAGGCUGGCAUGAGUCGAAGCACACCUCCUCCCUCCUGCCCACAGUUCUAGCCAACUACUCUAAUAUUGGCACCAUUGUCACUCAUGUUGGAUUUAACAACAUUCGCUUUCGGCAAUCUGAGAAACUGAAGGACUACAACAUUCUCUUGAACACCCUUGUUGGCACAGGGAAGAGAACUGUGAUCUCUGGCCCCCUGCCGUGCUAUAGAAGGGCUUUGGAACGUCACUGCCCUAAACGAGUUCCUUAAGAAACUCUGCAAAGACAGGAAUGUCUCCUUUUGUGACAAUUUUGACUUGCUGUGGGAGCAACCAACACUCUUCAUAAGAGAUGGGAUUCACCCUAACCACAGGGGUUCCAGGAUUAUCUCCAUCACCAUAGCGAACUGCUUAAGAGACGUACGGUCUGGGUUUGGUAGCGUUCCAGGCCUCGCCGUCAUAACAAGCAACAGAGAACAUGCUAAUCGUAUUAUAUCCCAGAGAAAUAGAAGUGCAGUGAAUGUAAGUAACCUAAUUUAUGUUCCUUUAACUGUUAGGCUCCGACGGUAUUGUCUGCAAUAACCAUAUGCACAUAGAAUUCCACUGUUUGCACUGAAACUGUCUGCCUUAGGAAGAAGCACACUGUGUGCAGCCCACUCAGUACUCAAAUGAAAAUGUCACUGACAUGUCUACCUCGGAUUAGCCUCUCAGAAUAGCACUAAAAGCAAACAAGCAACCCAGAAAAGGACUGUAAAUAGCCCAUAUUAACAUAUGUAGCCUGAGAAACAAGUUUUUUUAACCUUUAUUUAACUAGGCAAGUCAGUUAAGAACAAAUUAAUAUUUACAAUGACGGCCUACACCGGACGACGCUGGGCCAAUUGUGCGCCACCCUAUGGGACUCCCAAUCACGGCCGGUUGUGAUACAGCUUGGAAUCGAACCAGGGGGUCUGUAGUGACGCCUCAAGCACUGAGAUGCAGUGCCUUAGACUGCUGCGCCACUCAGGAGCACAUGAAAUUUCAGGAAAGGUUCAUGAAAUUGACAAAUUAUUAACAUCAGAAAACAUUCAUGUUCUGGCCAUCUCUGAAACACACUUAGAUCAUUGAUUUGAUGAUGCAGUAGUAGCUAUACAUGGCUAUAGAAUAUAUAGUAAAAAUGUAAGAGGUGUUGCUAUGUAUGUCCAGAGUCAUAUUCCAUGUCAGAUGAUGUAGAAGGAAUAUGGCUACAGGUUCAUCUGCCUCAGCUAAAGACUAUUCUCGUAGGAAGUUGCUAUAGACCACUGCGUGCUAAAAGUCAGUAUUUGGACUAAAUGUGUGAAAUGCUGUAUAUUGUACAACGGGUGGGUCUAAUCCUGAAUGCUGAUUGGUUAAAACUGUAUUCCAGCUGGUGUCUAUUCCACAAGUUACCACCGGCUAACUUUAUGACAUUAAAAUGCUAUUUACUCUGUUCCAUUUGACUGGGCAAUUCACUGUCUCUUCAGCCCAGCCAGGCAAUUUAUAAACUUGAUCUCCACUAGAAAAAGCAUCUAGACCAGGGUUCUUCAAUUCCGGUCCUGGAGGGCCGAAACACUUCAGUUUUUUAUUUCUACCUGGUAGUUAAUUGCACUCACCUGGUGUCCCAGGUCUGAAUUAGCCCCUGAUUAGAAGGAGAGGAUGAAAAACAGAGGUGUUUCGGCCCUCCAGGACCGGAAUUGAAGAACCCUGAUCUAGACAUUAUCUCACAUUUCUUUUAGACUAACAUUUAGUUAGUUGGGACGGGAGUUGGGACGAGACAGACUGUCAGGCAGCGUUUCUCAGCCAGUCAAAGUCAUGAAUCAGCUGGCAUAAUUUGUAUGGAUAUACAGUUGAAGUCGGAUGUUUACAUACACUUAGGUUGGAGUCAUUUAAACUCGUUUUUCAACCACUCCACAAAUUUCUUGUUAACAAACUAUAGUUUUGUCAAGUCGGUUAGGACAUCUAUUUUGUGCAUGACACAAGUAAUUUUUCCAACAAUUGUUUACAGACAGAUGAUUUCACUUAUAAUUCACUGUAUCACAAUUCCAGUGGGUCAGAAGUUUACAUACACUAAGUUGACUGUGCCUUUCAAUAGCUUGGAAAAUUACAGAAAAUGAUGUCAUGGCUUUAGAAGCUUCUGAUAGGCUAAUUGACAUCAUUUGAGUCAAUUGGAGGUGUACCUGUGGAUGUAUUUCAAGGCCUACCUUCAAACUCAGUGCCUCUUUGCUUGACAUCAUGGGAAAAUCUAAAGAAAUCAUCCAAGACCUCAGAAAAAAAAUUGUAGACCUCCACAAGUCUGGUUCAUCCUUGGGAGCAAUUUCCAAACGCCUGAAGGCACCACGUUCAUCUGUACAAACAAUAGUAUGCAAGUAUAAACACCAUGGGACCAUGCAGCCAUCAUACCGCUCAGGAAGGCGACGCGUUCUGUCUCCUAGAGAUUAACGUACUUUGGUGUGAAAAGUGCAAAUCAAUCCCAGAACAAUAGCAAAGGACCUUGUGAAGAUGCUGGAGGAAACAGGUACAAAAGUAUCUAUAUCCACAGUAAAACGAGUCCUAUAUCGACAUAACCUGAAAGGCCGCUCAGCAAGGAAGAAGCCACUGCUCCAAAACCGCCAUAAAAAAGCCAGACUACGGUUUGCAACUGCACAUGGGGACAAAGAUAAUACUUGUUGGAGAAAUGUCCUCUGUUCUGAUGAAACAAAAUAGAACUGUUUAGCCAUAAUGACCAUCGUUAUGUUUGGAGGAACAAGGGGGCAGCUUGCAAGCCGAAGAACACCAUCCGAACCGUGAUGCAUGGGGGUGGCAGCAUCAUGCUGUGGGGGUGCUUUGCUGCAGGAGGGACUGGUGCACUUCACAAAAUAGAUGGCAUCAUGAGGAAGGAAAAUUAUGUGGAUAUAUUGAAGCAACAUCUCAAGACAUCAGUCAGGAAGUUAAAGCUUGGUCGCAAAUGGGUCUUCCAAAUGGACAAUGACCCCAAGCAUACUUCCAAAGUUGUGGCAAAAUGGCUUAAGGACAACAAAGUCAAGGUAUUGGAGUGGCCAUCACAAAGCCCUGACCUCAAUCCUAUAGAAAAUGUGUGGGCAGAACUGAAAAAGCUUUUGCGAGCAAGGAGGCUAACAAACCUGACUCAGUUACACCAGCUCUGUCAGGAGGAAUGGGCCAAAAUUCACCCAAGUUAUUGUGGAAGGCUGCCCGAAACGUUUGACCCAAGUUAAACAAUUUAAAGGCAAUGCUACCAAAUACUAAUUGAGUGUAUGUAAACUUCUGACCCACUGGGAAUGUGAUGAAAGAAAUAAAAGCUGAAAUAAAUCACUCUCUACUAUUAUUCUGACAUUUCACAUUCUUAAAAUAAAGUGGUGAUCCUAACUGAACUAAGACAGGGAAAUUUUUGUCAGGAAUUGUGAAAAACUGAGUUUAAAUGUAUUUGGCUAAGGUGUAUGUAAACUUCCGACUUCAACUGUAUAUAAAGAAAUGUCAAUUCAAAAAAGGUAAAACGUUUGCAGUCUUUCCAGCUUCAGUUUGAAGCGAUUAUGUUAGCUGUGUUGUUGGCUUGCUCCUCUGAACAACAGUGCCCAGACGAGUAAGCACAUUUUCUAUGCUGGCGAAAUCGCUCCUCAUCAGCUCAUUGUUAUGCAUGUAUCCAAAUAAAUGUCACUAGAAAACAACUUAAACAAAUGGGGCUACUUUGCUGUUAUUCUGGCUUUUUGACAUGACUGUAAGUUAGCUGUAGUUGGCUAGCUAGCAAACAAGGGAUAAGAAUGUUGCCUCCCAGUAUGGCAAUGGAACAUUUAGAACAAACGACUGGGUCGCGUCCACAGAUACAGAACAAAAAGACUGAACGACUGGGUCGCAUCUCUGGCAACCAAACCGAAAGAACAAACGACUAGCCGGCUUGGGUAGCAACCCUGGAUUUGUGUCGGGACUAUAUCUUGUGGAAGGAUGAAAUAGUAUGAAUAAAAUCAUUAAAAUAAUGUUUUUUAUGAAGAUAUGUCAAUCAUUAUUUGAAUAUGUUGCUAAACCGUUGUAUAAAAUUGAUAAUGCCCUCGAAGCCGGUGUUUGGACUUUGUCUCGGGCCUAACAACACAUGUGCCGAUAUAUCCUCCAAACAACUGAUUCUUGGGCAUUAUCACUUAAAUGUAUAUGAUAUCAUCAGAGUGGUAUAUAUUCUGGGUGACCUAAAUAUUGACUGGUUGUCAUCAAGGUGUCCACUAAAAAAGAAGCGCCAAGUUGUAACCAAUUCCUGCAAUCUGGUUCAGGUUAUCAGUCAAACUACUAUUUACAAACAGAACAGGAACUAAAUCAUCCACGUGUAUUGAUCACAUUACUAAUGCUGCAGAAAUCUUCUCUAAAGUAGUAUCCACACCCAUCGGAUGUAGUGAUCAUAAUAUAAUAGCCAUAUCUAGAAAAAACAAAGUUCCAAAGGCUGGAUCUAAGAUAUUGUAUAAACGAUCACACAAGAGGUUUAGCAAUGAUUCCUAUGUCGAAGAUGGGAAAAAUAUUUGUUAGUCUGAUGUGUGUUAUGAGGAACAACCUGACGCCGCACUUGAAGCAUUUAUGAAACUACUUAUUUCGGUUACUGGUAGGCAUGCACCCAUCAAGAAACUGACUGUUAGAACUUCCAAAUCCCCAUAGAUGGCUGCGAGGGAAGAGGCAAAUAAAAUAGCAAAUAAUUCUGACAACAUAGCAGACUGGCAAACAUACAGUACAUUGAGAAAUCACGUAACUAAACUAAAAGAAGAAGAAACUACAUUAUGGAACAAAGAUAAAUUAUAUAAAGAAUUAUAGUAAAAAGCUCUGGAGUACUUUAAAUGAAAUUCUAGGCAAAAAAGCAAACUCCUUCAUAACAAAACCUUUUGAUAUUGCCAACCACUUUAAUAACUUUUUUGUUGACAAGAUUAUCAAACUUGACAUGCAAACAACAAAUGCUGAGCCUUCAUUGUCAUGCAUAACGGACCAAAUAAUGAAAGACAAGCACUGUAGUUUUGAGUUCCACAAAGUGGGUGUGGAAUAGUUUUUUGUUUUGUUUUUGUUUGCUAUCUAUAAAUAUGGACAAACCACCUGGUUCUGACAACCUGGAUGGUAAAAUGCUGAGGUUGGUAGCAGAAUACAUUGCAACAUCUUCAAUUUAAGCCUAGAUGACCGUAUGUGCCCUCAGACAUGGAGGGAGGCAAAGGUCAUUCCGCUACCCAAGAAUAGCAUAGCACCCUUUAAUGGUUCAAACAGCCAACCAAUCAGCCUGUUACAAGUGCUUAGCAAACUUUUGGAAAAAAUGUAGUUUGAUAACAUAUAAUAUAAUAAUUUAAUAUUAAUAAUUAUAAUAUAAUACAUACAAUAUUAAUUAUAAUACAAAUAAUUUACAAAGUUACUAUAUUUUACAGAAAACUAAUUAACAACAGACUUUCAGCAUACUUAUAGGGAAGGGCACUCAACAUGCUCAGCACUGACACAAAUUACUGAUGAUUGGCUGAAAGAAAUUGAUAGUAAGAAGAUUAUGGGACUUGUUUUGUUAGACUUCAGUGCAGCUUUUGAUGUCAUUGAUCAUACAUAACCUAUUGCUGAAAAAAACAUAGGUAUUAUGGAUUUGCAUCCUCUGCCUUAUAAUUUUACAUUUACAUUUACGUCAUUUAGCAGACGCUCUCCAGAGCGACUUACAAAUUGGUGCAUUUACCUUAUAGCCAGUGGCAUAACCACUUUACAAUAUAUAUUAUUAUUUUUAUUAAUUUUUUUUUUUUUUGGGGGGGGGGGGGUAGAAGGAUUACUUUAUCCUAUCCCAGGUAUUCCUUAAAGAGGUGGGGUUUCAAAUGUCUCCGGAAGGUGGUGAGUGACUAUAAUGGAUUGAGAGUUACCUAUCUAAUAGAACAGAGGGUUUUCAUUAAUGGGAGCCGGAUAUUCAGUUGAGUGUGGUGUACCACAGUACAGCCGGAUAGGGCCAUUAUUGUUUUCUGUUUUUACUAAUGACCUUCCACUGACCUUGAAUAAAACCUGUGUGUCUAUGUACGCUGACGACUCAACAGUAUACACGUCGGCUGCAACAGUAAAAUAAAUAACUGAUACCUUUAACAUAGAGCUACAGUCAGUUUUAAAAUGGGUAACUUCUCCUAUUUUGUUGCAUUACAACCUGUCAUUUAAAUUGAUUUUAUUUGGAUUUCAUGUAAUGGACAUACACAAAAUAGUCCAAAUUGGUGAAGUGAAAUUAAAAAAAUAACUUGUUUAAAAAAUAUUGAAAAAAGAAAUAACGGAAAAGUGGUGCGUGCAAAUGUAUUAACCCCCUUUUCUAUGAAGCACCUAAAUAAGAUCUGGUGCAACCAAUAACCUUCAGAAGUCACAUAAUUAGUUAAAUAAAGUCCACCUUUGUGCAAUCUAAGUGUCACAUGAUCAGUCACAUGAUCUCAGUAUAUAUACACCUGUUCUGAAAGGCCCCAGAGUCUGCAACAUCACUAAGCAAGGGGCACCACCAAGCAGCUGUAGCUCAAUUGGUAGAGCAUGGCGCUUGUAAUGCCAGGGUAGUGGGUUCGAUCCCCGGGACCACCCAUACGUAAAAAUGUAUGCACACAUGACUGUAAGUCGCUUUGGAUAAAAGUGUCUGCUAAAUGGCAUAUUAUUUUUAUAUUAUUAUCUCGAGAUAUAUAUAUACUCCUGUCUGAAAGGCCCCAGAGUCUGCAACACCACUAAGCAAGGGGCACCACCAAGCAAGCGGCACGGACCAGGCAAGGAGGGCAUUAAUCAGAGAGGCAACAAAGAGACCAAAGAUAACCCUGAAGGAGCUGCAAAGCUCCACAGCGGAGAUUGGAGUAUCUGUACAUAGGACCACUUUAAGCUGUACACUCCACAGAGCUGGGCUUUACGGAAGAGGGGCCAGAUAAAAGCCUUUGCUUAAAGAAAAAAAUAAGCAAACACAUUUGCUGUUCGCCAAAAGGCAUGUGGGAGACUCCCCAAACAUAUGGAAGAAGGUACUCUGGUAAGAUGAGACUAAAAUUGAGCUUUUUUGCCAUCAAGGAAAAUGUCUGGCGCAAACCCAACACCUCUCAUCACCCCGAGAACACCAUCCCCACAUUGAAGCAUGGUGGUGGCAGCAUCAUGCUGUGGGGAUGCUUUUCAUUGGCAGGGACUGGGAAACUGGUCAGCAAUCUUUAAGUUAUACCACAGAUUCUCAAUUGGAAUGAGGUCUGGGCAUUGACUAGGCCAUUCCAAGACAUUUACAUGUUUUCCCUUAAACCACUUGAGUGUUGCUUUAGCAGUAUGCAUAGGGUCAUUGUCCUGCUGGAAGGUGAACCUCCGACCCAGUCUCAAAUCUCUGGAAGACUGAAACAUGUUUCCCUGAAGAAUUUCCCUGUAUUUAGCGCCAUCCAUCAUUCCUUCAAUUCUGACCAGUUUCCCAGUCCCUGCCGAUGAAAAACAUCCCCACAGCAUGAUGCUGCCACCACCAUGCUUCACUGUGGGGAUGGUGUUCUCUGGGUGAUGAGAGGUGUUGGGUUUGUGCCAGCGUUUUCCUUGAUGGACAAAAAGUUCAAUUUUAGUAUCAUCUGACCAGAGUACCUUCUUCCAUAUGGCUUUUGGCGAACACCAAACGUGUUUGCUUAUUUUUUACUUUAAGCAAUGGCUUUUUUUCUGGCCACUCUUCCAUAAAGCCCAUCUCUGUGGAGUGUACAGCUUAAAGUGGUCCUAUGGACAGAUACUCCAAUCUCCGCAGUGGAGCUUUGCAGCUCCUUCAGGGUUAUCUUUGAUCUCUUUGUUGUCUCUCUGAUUAAUGCCCUCCUUGCCUGGUCCAUGAGUUUUGGUGGGCGGCCCUCUCUUGGCAGGUUUGUUGUGGUGCCAUAUUCUUUCCAUUUUUGAAUAAUGGAUUUAAUGGUGCUCCGUGGGAUGUUCAAAGUUUCGGAUAUUUUCUUAUAACCCAACCCUGAUCUGUACUUCUCCACAACUUUGUCCCUGACCUGUUUGGAGAGCUCCUUGGUCUUCAUGGUGCUGCUUGCUUGGUGGUGCCCCUUGCUUAGUGAUGUUGCAGACUCUGGGGCCUUUCAGAACAGGUGUAUAUAUACUGAGAUCAUGUGACAGAUCAUGUGACACUUAGAUUGCACACAGGUGGACUUUAUUUAACUAAUAAAGUGACUUCUGAAGUUAAUUGGUUGCACCAGCUCUUAUUUCGGGGCUUCAUAGCAAAGGGGGUGAAUACAUAUGCACGCACCACUUUUCCGUUAUUUAUUUUUUUGAAUUUUUUCACCAAUUUGGACUAUUUUGUGAAUAUCCAUUACAUGAAAUCCAAAUAAAAAUCAAUUUAAAUGACAGGUUGUAAUGCAACAAAAUAGUAAAAACACCAAGGGGGAUGAAUACUUUUGCAAGGCACUGUAUAAACAUUAUAACCAAUCAGAGACACAGCAGUAUCCGGCACAGUCUUAUUUAUUUAACCAAGUUUCAGAUAUUACCAGAUUAUCUAAAUUGUAAGAAAAUAUACUGUGAACUCUGGUAAUAUGGAUAGACUAACUAUUGAACCAUUGGCCCAAUGCCCCGGGUGGGGGGAGAUUUCUCUUUAGGAUCAACGGAUUAUCAACGGAUUGGUCGAAAAUGAGCAAACCAUGCACACCCGGGGCACCGGGCCAUGCAAAACGAAUUUGCCUAAAACAUUUGUGGUCAAAACCAUUCAUCUUGGGGCUACGGGGGGAGCGGGGUUCUAAAAUGCAAUCAUACCACGCAAUUUUACUAUUUCUAAAAUGGUCUUAUAUUUUUUUCAUGCAGACUAGCUAAAAAAUCAGUUACAUUUGACACUUUUCCAAUAGAUUAUGAUAAUGGUUUUGCGUUUAAAAAAGGGGAGGUGCAAAAACAUUAGUUUUUGUGUAGGCUAAGGCGAAAAGCUGUAGCCAGAGACUGAAGAGGAAGCGAUACAGUUUGUUUCUGGUUCAAUGAAAGUCAAUGAACUAAGUAGACAAGACCCAGCUGCUAUUGCAUUGGUGUCUGUGGGAGACCCACCCCGUUAAGUAGUCCGGAACUUAACAUUUGGUAAAUGUUAAAAGUGAACUAUCUUCAUUUAUCCACCAUCUUUGCUAUAGCCAAAGAUGAUCUAUUAUAUUGCUCAGCUCAGUCGAGACUCGCAAACUUUGCAGGUGUUUCUGAUUAAUAAACAAUGCCAUGCUGGUGGGUGGUACCAUUCAAAUAAAACCCAGCCUUCAAACGAAACGUAGACGAAAUAUAAUUUAUACAUAAUUUCAGAGGAAAAGCCACGUCAUUGGCACGAAUGUGCAUGAAGCAGGCAGUUCGGUUUUGUCACUUCAAGCCCAAAUAUAUCAUACUUUCACUAAUAUGAUUACUUAUUGACUUACAUUGUUGUGCAACAUCAUGGGUAAGCUCUGGCCAUCGUCUUUCAACUCGAAAAAGUGGAUUUCUACUGGUGUGGCAUUUAAAGCUUCUCUACUUCCUCUUCUGUAUUGAAGACUGCUCUGAACAAAACCCCUAGGGCUGGGUGUUGCUCUUUUUAGGUCAAAGUGUGUUUUACACCAAAAGAUUAGUAACAGAUAAAGAUCAUAUUUUUAGAGGAAGGAAUACCAGGGUCAUAUUCAUGGGAUAAAAACAGACUACCGGGACUUGUCCAAUAAGAAAUGCUCAUUUUCAUUUUCCUUUGCAAACGUUUGCCUUAAUGAACAGGACCCUGUAUCAGUAUUUAUCCAUCCAUGUUAUUAGCACUGUAUCUAUUAGUUCUGUACUUUUAUUUUGUCUUUAUUCACUGACCUGUCCCUGUUUGUCUCUUCCUCAGGUGUACCUGUCCUUUAUUUAUCCCAAUGACUUUACACGUCUGACACACAUGGAGAGAGAGAACAAGUGUUUCUACAGGGAGUCACCCAUCUACCUGGAGAAGUAAGUACUGUUGGCUAUUUUCCACAUUCAGUUGAUUAUUAUAUUGUAAUUCACAGAUGGAAGCAAAUCAAGUUGAAUAUGCCUGCAGCUCCGCCACUCGGUUUGGAAGGAUGAAGAUGGAGAAAUGUAACCUCUCUCAAAAUCAUAGAUUGAGAAAUACAAACAAAAAAAUAUAUAAAACAGAAAAGAGAGAAGAGAAAAAGACAAACACUUAGUUGGGUGUAUUAUUAGACGGCUGUGUAUAUCUGUGUGCUAAUUGUCGCUCUCUCUCGCUCUCUCGCUCUCUCACUGUCACGGUUCAGACAGACGACCAGAGGACCACAAUUGCGUCACACCAGAAAGUUUAUUAAAACUUAAGGGAAAAGGGAAGUAGGGAGUGAAUGAAGGCUCCAGGGGUAACAGGGAUCCCGUCCAAUGUGCUGGGUCUGUGCCCCCCCCAGUGGCAGCGAUGCGUCCUAUGAAGCCGGUGGUGGGUGGUCCAGAAGUCCUGGGGGGGGGGGAGACACAGACACAACAGGGCGGAAUGAAACAAGGCAGCAGUACAGUUCAAGGGAAAUCCAAAAUACGUAGUAGCAAGGCAGAAGGCUGGUCAGAGUUACCGGGAUUGAAGAGUAGUCAGGAGUCGUAAUGGCAGAAGCAGGUCUGGAUCUCCUGGGGCAGAAGAGUAUCCAAAAAUCAGGCAGGUCCGGGGUCACAAAACCAGGGUGAGCCAGAAGCGCGAGCAAACAGGUUCCGGGUGUGAGCUUUGCAGACGAUCUGACACCGGAGAGCUGAAAGACAGGGCCUUAAAUACAGGGAGAGGUAGUGGGUAAUGCAGCGCAGCUGGCAGAGUAAUUAGAGCAGAGCAGAGCAGGGACAGGUGGAGCUAGUUAGGCUGAGUAGAGAGAGUGGUGAGCAGAGUGGAAGAAAAUUAAGGUGGUAACCCGGUGGAGUGAGAGGCUCAUGACAGAACCCCCCCCCCAAGGGACGGCCCCAGAAGUCCCAAGAGCAACACCACGCCGGGCGGGAGGAGGGGAGCCGGAGGAGGGCUAGAACUCCUCCGAACGGUCCGAGUGAACGUCCUCAUCCUCGGAGGAAGCCGGAGGGCCGUGGUCGGGAGAUGGGACAGGUCCCGAGACAGGAUCAGGCACAGGACAGGAAGCCGAGCGGGCAGGACGGUUAGGGACCCCUCUGGGGCGGCCCCUACGGAUUGCAGGUUGAUCAGGAUGCCGUUGGUGGAAAGCGGUGAUGAGAGUCCUAUCCACAAUCCGACUAGCUGGCACCCAGGUCCUUUCCUCAGGUCCAUAGCCCUCCCAGUCAAUGAGGUACUGGAGACCCCUACCCCUCCGUCUGGACCGAAGCAGGCGGCGGACGGUGUAAACCAGACCACCAUCGACGAGCCGUGGAGGAGGAGGACAAGGCGCAGCAGGGACCAGCGGACUCUCAUGGAUGGGCUUAAUCUUAGACACAUGGAAAGUGGGGUGCACCCUCAGGGAAUUAGGCAGUUGGAGCCGGACAGCAGUUGGGCUAAUCACUCUUAUGAUAGGGAAUGGGCCAAUGAACCGAGGUGCCAGCUUCUGCGACUCCACCCUGAGUGGCAGGUUCUUCGAUGACAACCACACCCUUUGACCAACAUGGUAGGUGGGAGCAGGAAUUCUCCGACGGUUGGCCCCGGUAGUGUAGCUGGCAACGGAUCUGAGGAGUGUGGCUCGGGCUUGUGACCAGGUGCGGCGACAUCGACGGGCAAAAGCAAGUGCAGAUGGGCAAGUAACCUCCUCUUCCUGGCUGGCAAAUAGAGGAGGCUGGUAUCCAUAAACACAUUGGAAAGGGGACAUACCGAUGGCAGAGCAGGUCAGAGAAUUGUGUGCGUACUCCACCCAUGUCAAUUGCUGCGACCAGGAGUGGGGGUUGCGUGAAGUCAUGCAUCGCAGUGCCUUCUCGAGCUCCUGAUUAGCCCGCUCUGACUGCCCAUUGGAUUGGGGAUGGAAUCCGGAAGUCAGACUGACUGUGGCUCCCAGCAGGUGACAGAACUCCUUCCAAAAAGCGGAGGAGAAUUGUGGACCACGGUCAGAAACUACAUCCUUAGGCAGUCCGUGGAUCCGGAAGACGUGUUCCAGGACCACCUGGGCGGUCUCCUUGGCGGUUGGGAGCUUGGGGAGGGGAAUGAAGUGUGCCAUCUUGCUGAAACGGUCAACGAUGGUGAGAAUGACGGUCAUGCCACUUGAAGGGGGCAGCCCCGUGACAAAGUCAAGGGCGAUGUGAGACCAGGGACGUCUGGGCACAGGCAGGGGCUGCAGCAAUCCGGCUGGGGGCUGGCAGGACGACUUGUGUUGGUUGCAGAUGGGGCAGGCUUGGACGAAUUCCCGUACAUCCUUUCUCAGAGAGGGCCACCAGAACCUCUGGGCGAGCAGGUUGUAAGUGCGGGUGGAGCCAGGGUGACAAGCUAGGCGGGAGUCAUGUCCCCACUGAACGACCUGGGACCUCAGGUCUUCGGGGACAAAAAGGCGGUCAGCUGGGCAAGUGCUGGGACCUGGCUGGUUACGGAGAGCCUCCAGCACCUGUUCCUCAACAGCCCAGGUCAGAGCUGCAACGAUGCAGGGACUUGGCAGAAUCGACACAGGGUCCUUGGAGGGGGUGUCAUCCUUCUGGAAUUGACGGGAGAGGGCGUCUGGCUUGGUGUUGCGUGAUCCAGGCCGGUAUGACAGAGUGAAAUUAAACCUGGUGAAGAACAGGGCCCAGCGGGACUGCCUGGAGUUCAACCGUUUGGCCGUGCGGAUGUACUCCAAGUUCUUAUGAUCGGUCCAAACGAGAAAUGGAAUGGUGGACCCCUCCAGCCAGUGACGCCACUCCUCCAAGGCAAGCUUCACAGCCAGCAGCUCACGGUUCCCUAUGUCGUAAUUGCACUCAGAGGGGGACAACCGACGUGAGAAAAAGGCACAGGGAUGGAGCUUCCUAUCCUCCGCAGCCCACUGAGAAAUCACAGCACCAACUCCCACAUCCGAGGCGUCCACCUCCACAAUGAAUUGCCGGUCCACAUCAGGCAUCUGGAGGAUGGGAGCGGAGGUGAACCUCACCUUGAGGGUACUGAAGGCCUUGUCGGCUGCUGGGGUCCAGGUGAAGGGUUGCUUGGUGCUGGUUAGAGCAGUGAGAGGGGCAGCAACGGUACUGUAGUUCCGGAUAAACUUUCUAUAGAAGUUAGCAAACCCCAGAAACUGUUGCAGCUUCUUUCUGUUCUCCGGAACUGGCCAUGAAGUGACUGCUGAUACUUUGGCAGGAUCCAUUUGGAUACUUCCCUCUGCCACUAUGUACCCCAGGAAGGCCACUGUCUUGACGUGAAACUCACAUUUCUCUGCCUUGGCGUAGAGGGAAUUCUCCAGAAGACGAUGAAGGACUUGCUGGACAUGGCGGGUGUGUUCAGACAGGUUUCUGGAGUAGAUUAAGAUGUCAUCCAGGUAAACGAAGACAAACUUGUUUAACAUGUCCCGCAGUACAUCAUUCACUAGAGCCUGGAACACAGCAGGAGCAUUGGUGAGGCCAAAAGGCAUAACCAGAUACUCGUAGUGGCCUGUUGGUGUAUUGAAUGCGGUUUUCCAUUCAUCUCCCUCCCGGAUCCGCACUAGGUGGUAAGCGUUUCUGAGAUCCAACUUGGUAAAAACAGUGGCUCCCUGGAGCAACUCAAAAGCAGAGGUGAGCAGAGGCAGAGGGUAACGGUUCUUCACUGUGAUGUCGUUGAGUCCCCUGUAGUCGAUGCAGGGGCGAAGAGAUCCGUCCUUCUUCCCCACAAAGAAGAAGCCAGCACCAGCAGGAGAUGAAGAUGACCGGAUUAAUCCUGCGGACAGAGAGCCAUUGAUGUAGUCCUCCAUGGACUUUCUUUCAGGAGCAGACAACGAAUAAAGACGACCCUUUGGAGGGGCUGUACCAGGGAGGAGGUCGAUGGCACAGUCGUACGGUCGGUGAGGGGGCAGAGAUGUGGCUCUUGCUUUGUUAAACACCUCUCUGAGACCAUGGUAGCAUUCUGGGACAUUGGAGAGGUCAGGAGCGGAGUCAGUAGGUACUGGCCGAGGGGGUAGUGCGGCAGCAAGCAGGCAGGUUCGGUGGCAGUCCUCUCCCCACUCCCUGAUCACCCCGGUCACCCAGUCGAGCUGAGGGUUGUGCCGGCGGAGCCAUGGGUAACCCAGGAUGAGGGGUUGGCCUGGAGAGGGGAGCAGGUGAAACUGGAUAGUUUCUUGAUGGUUUCCGGACAGACCCAUCGAGACCGGGGCCGUGACAUGAGUGACCGAUCCGAGUAAGUGUCCGUCCAGUGCCCGGGCAGGAAUAGGAGGUGUCAAAUGGAGGUUCUCCAGUCCCAGUUGGCGUGCCAGCUUGAUGUCCAUUAUGUUGGCUUCGGCGCCAGAAUCCACCAGAGCAGCCAGGGUGUGAGUUGAGUCAGAGAGGCGGAGGUGAACUUGCAGCAGGGGUUUGCGGUCGGAGGACUGGAUGGUCAUUGAACUCAACCGGACUCCCCCUAUGCCCGGUGAGCUUCGGCCCUUUAAAGGGCAGGUUACCACACGAUGUCCAUCACCUCCACAAUAGAGGCAGAGGUUUGAGGUGAAGCGGCGCUGGCGCUCUGCAGGAGUGAGAGAGGCUCGCCCAAUCUCCAUAGGCUCAGACUGAUCAAGCUGACCUGGGUGAGUGGCAGUAGAUGACAGGAGCCCAGUCGGAUCUCUCCGAAUGCCGGUAGUAGGUGGACCUUGGCGCCCCCUCUCACGACGACGGGUCUGUAUCCUUCUGUCGAUCCUGACAGUCAGUGCGAUGGCUUCAUCAAGAGUGGAAGGCAGUUCAUGGGAGACCAACUCGUCCUUGAUAUAGUCAGCCAAACUAUGGAAGAACGCGUCCACCAACGAUGGUGUGUUCCAAGAACUUCGUCUAGCCAGGGUUCGGAAGUCGAUGGAAUGGUCUGCGACAGUACGUCUGCCUUGUCGAAUACUGAACAGUUCACGAGACGCCUCUGCGGUUGGUGAAUCCAGGUCAAACACCCUCAGCAUCUCCUCAGCAAACAGGUCGAAGGUUGCACAUGCGGGGGUUUGACGUUCGAACUCUGCUGUUCCCCAGAGUCGAGCUCGGCCCGUCAGGUGAGUGAUGGCAUACCCAACUUUAGCCCCCUCCGUGGCGAAGGUCCUUGGCUGCAAGGAGAACUGAAGUCGGCAGCUAGUCAGGAAUGGCCGGACCUGGGUUGAAUCGCCGUUGAACCGCUCGGGGUUUCCAAUCUUGGGUUCCGGAGCAGCGGCUGCAAUGACCGGGGCAGGUAACUCGGGGGCAGGGCUGGUGGGCAGACUGGCUGGGGUAAGGUUGGUGAGGAGUUGAAUGAUCAUGGCGAGUUGUUGUUGCUGCUGCUGGAACUGCUGCUCAUGCUCAUCGGUUUCCAUGUCGGGGAAAGUGUGCGCUGAGUCCAUAAUGGUCAGAUCGUACUGUCACGGUUCAGACAGACGACCAGAGGACCACAAUUGCGUCACACCAGAAAGUUUAUUAAAACUUAAGGGAAAAGGGAAGUAGGGAGUGAAUGAAGGCUCCAGGGGUAACAGGGAUCCCGUCCAAUGUGCUGGGUCUGUGCCCCCCCCAGUGGCAGCGAUGCGUCCUAUGAAGCCGGUGGUGGGUGGUCCAGAAGUCCUGGGGGGGGGGGAGACACAGACACAACAGGGCGGAAUGAAACAAGGCAGCAGUACAGUUCAAGGGAAAUCCAAAAUACGUAGUAGCAAGGCAGAAGGCUGGUCAGAGUUACCGGGAUUGAAGAGUAGUCAGGAGUCGUAAUGGCAGAAGCAGGUCUGGAUCUCCUGGGGCAGAAGAGUAUCCAAAAAUCAGGCAGGUCCGGGGUCACAAAACCAGGGUGAGCCAGAAGCGCGAGCAAACAGGUUCCGGGUGUGAGCUUUGCAGACGAUCUGACACCGGAGAGCUGAAAGACAGGGCCUUAAAUACUGGGAGAGGUAGUGGGUAAUGCAGCGCAGCUGGCAGAGUAAUUAGAGCAGAGCAGAGCAGGGACAGGUGGAGCUAGUUAGGCUGAGUAGAGAGAGUGGUGAGCAGAGUGGAAGAAAAUUAAGGUGGUAACCCGGUGGAGUGAGAGGCUCAUGACACUCACUCUCUCGUUCUCUCGCUCUCUCGCUCUCUCGCUCUCUCUCUCUCUCUCUCUGACAGGUUUGGCUUCUACAAGUACAUGAAGAUAGAUGAGGAGGACGAUGAUAGACCGUUCUUCUUCCCUAACCCAGACGGUAGGUACACACACCCACUGACACACACACACACACACACACAUAUACACACACAACACACAUACAUACCCUUUAACGAUUAACUUUCUCUGUUGCCACAGAUUUUCCAGAAGAGGAGGAAGGGGUGGACCCGGAAGAUGAGGCUGAGGUCGUAGGUACCCAAUCACCAAAGAGGACUGCUUCGCCUAGCCAAUCAACGAAGAGGACCUCUCACCCCAGCCUCUCCAUCCACACCUCCAGGCCCACCCUUGGAGAAAGAGAGGGGGAGGAGGAGGAGGAGAACAGCAUUGUGGUCCGUAGAGAGAAAAAACACUUCCUCAAGAGCGAUGGACAGACAUACAGAGAGUGGGACAGGGACAGGCCGAGGAGAAGAGGGGGACAGACCUCCAGGAGGGGACUUCUAGAGAGGCCCGAGGCGGAGAGCGAGGAGCUUCACCCGCGGUCGGACGAUGUGGUCCACGGUCGCUCCCUCUCCUGGAUCAGGAUGGGUCCCUCUGAGCUAGGACCAGGGGGGCCGGGCAGGAAGGUAGGAGGAGGAGGGGGUGCAGGAGGGGAGACCCCUCCCAAACUGAGCAAGUCGACCCUGCUCUUCCCCCAGAAGACCUCUCUCUCGGCCCUUGCCAGCCGCGCCAAGCAGAUUCAUAGUAACUCCGCCCCCGGCAACAACAACGCCGCUGCUAAUGCCCGUCUCCAUGAUAACGCCGCCCGUAACCGCGGCAACGACAAUAACGCCGCAGCCGGCGGCAACAACAACAACAAUGAAAAGAAGGAUGAGAACAAGAUCUACAUCACCAGGCCGCGGCCGGUCAAAGAGAGGGAGCGAGAGAAGGAGAAGAAGGAGAGGAGGGUGGAGAGGGAGAGGGAGAGGGAGAGGGGCAGGGGUCCGGCAUCGCGUCACCCGAGAGAAGUCUUCCCUGGGGUGUUUCUGUACCAGAGUGGAAAGACCACCAGACUGGUCAACCUCCAGAGCACUCGAUCCAGGGGGGGAGGGGGAGCGGGGGGCAGGGGGCUCGUCAGUGCCCCCCAACUCUGGCCCAAACCCCCUCUGAGAGACGGCAAACCUCCCCCACGUGGCACUAAUGCUAGUGUUAGCAGACAAGGUACAGUUCCCCGGGCAGCCAGCAGGGUGGCGGUAGUGAGGCUCCGAGACAGAGAGAAGAGGAGAGUUAGAGGAGGGGGAAGGGAGCACCAAGCACCCCCAGAUAGAGAGGCUGCCGCAGGUGUCGCCUUACCCAGUAGAGGAGGCACCCCAUUGCCCCAGCACCUCCAGCCCCCGCCACCUCAUUCACCCACUCCCCCCAACUCCUUGGAGAAUGCCCUUCCUAUGGAGAGCAGGCUAGAAAGCAGGCUAGAAACCAGGGUCACCUCGUACCUCAAAACCUCAGAGAUCACUGAGUCGCAGCAAAAACAACCCGACCCAGACCAAGAACCCUCAGAACCCAACCCAGAUCCUGACCCAAUCCGCUCGAACGCGGAUCCAGAACCCGACCCAGACCCGGAACCAGAACCAGAGGAGGGUGGGGUGUCCGACUACAGUUACGAGGCUGAAGAGGCGCGUCCAGGCUGGGCUGAGGUUUGUUGUGAUUUAUCUGCUUCUGAUUGUAUUGAAUUGAGCCAGACCGAUAUUGACCUUUUACUGACAUAUCGGAUUGGUCUUUAAACCACCGAUUGUAUUUACAUAGGGGAGAGGAGGGUAUGUUGAGCCAUUUUAAUUUUUUUGAGGUGCCUUAUUGUUAUUAUAAACUGGUUACCAAUGUAAUUAGAGCACUACAAAUACAUUUUGUUAUACCCGUGGUACAGUAUAUGGUCUGAUAUACCACAGCUGUCAGCCAAUCAGCAGGGCUCGAACCACCCAGUUUAAAAUGCAAAUGAGUGCCUGUCAUAUGUGUUCCCCUGAAUCAACACCUACCCUAAAUUUGAAUUACUAUUACAGGGCUCCAGAUAUUUUCCCCUGGUGUCACUGGUGCCACUAGCUUUUACAGUUGGUAACCCCCGACCAAAUAAAGUCCUUCAUAGUGCUUUAUUAAGAAUGUAAUAAAUAGACUACCGAGGUAUUCAAGAAAAAAGUUGUUUAAUCUAACAUAUCCAAGCAGGAAGGGAUUACUCAAGAUAUUUUGUGCAACCUAAUCCAGGGAUUGUCAUGAAUUUUGGGUUGACAAUUAAGACUAUAGUUGCUAUAUUUUACUGUCAAAAUAGGACUCCUUUCCUCAAAACAUACAUCUUUAUGUGCACUAACUAAUAUCAUAGGGUAAUGAAUUUGGGGUUCAACACCUGAGGAAGUGGAAACUCAAAACACAUGAACUAGAUUUCUAACUGUAAAUACAAUACCUACUGCUAGUAGCCAUGUAUUCAUCCAACAGUAAAUGUAAUGUCCUAAAAAAAGUGUGCAGUUGUAGUCUACUUCCCAUGAGACCUACAGUGCUAUGAAAAAGUAUUUGCCCCCUUUCUAAUUUUCUCUACUUUUGCAUAUUUGUGAUACUGAAUGUUAUCAGAUCUUCAACCAAAACCUAAUAUUAGAUAAAGGGAACAUAAGUGAACAAAUAACACAACAAUUACAUAUUUAUUUCAUAAACCCAAUUCCCCUGUGUGAAAAAGUAAUUGCCCCCUUACACUCAAUAACUGGUUGUGCCACCUUUAGCUGCAAUGACGCCAACCAAAUGCUUCCUGUAGUUGUUGAUCAGUCUCUCACGUCGCUGUGGAGGAAUUUUGGCCCACUCUUCCAUGCAGAACUGCUUUAACUCAGUGACGUGUGGGUUUUCAAGCAUGAACUGCUCGUUUCAAGUCCUGCCACAACAUCUCAAUUGGGAUUAGGUCUGGACUUUGACUAGGCCAUUCCAAAACUUCAAAUUUGUUGCUUUUUAGCAAUGUUCAUGUAGACUUGAUUGUGUGUUUUGGAUCAUUGUCUUGCUGCAUGAACCAGCUGCGCUUCAGCUUCAGCUCGCAGACGGAUGGUCUGACAUUCUCCUGUAGAAUUCUCUGAUACAGAGAAGAAUUCAUGGUUCCUUCUAUUAAGGCAAGUCAUCCAGGUCCUGAGGCAGCAAAGCAUCCCCAAACCAUCACACCACCACCACCAUGCUUGACCUUUGGUAUGAUGUUCUCACUGUGGAAUGCAGUGUUUGGUUUUCGCCAAAAAGAAAACACCCCCAAAGCAUAAUGUUUCCACCUCCAUGUUUGACGGUGGGGAUGGUGUUAUUGGGGUCAUAGGCAGCAUUACUCCUCCUCCAAACACUGCGAGUUGAGUUGAUGCCAUAGAGCUCAAUUUUGGUCUCAUCUGACCACAACACUUUCACCCAGUUCUCCUCUGAAUCAUUCAGAUGUUCAUUGGCAAACUUCAGACGGCCCUGUAUAUGUGCUUUCUUGAGCAGGGGUACCGCUGCAGGAUUUCAGUCCUUCACGGCGUAGUGUGUUACCAAUUGUUUUCUUGGUGACUAUGGUCCUAGCUGCCUUGAGAUCAUUGACAAGAUCCUCCUGUGUAGUUCUGGGCUGAUUCCUCACCGUUCUCAUGAUCAUUGCAACUCCACAAGGUGAGAUCUUGCAUGGAGCCCCAGGCCGAGGGAGACUGACAGUUCUUUUGUGUUUCUUCCAUUUGCGAAUAAUCGCACCAACUGUUGUCACCUUUUCACCAAGCUGCUUGGCGAUGGUCUUGUAGCCCAUUCCAGCCUUAUGUAGGUCUACAAUCUUGUCCCUGACAUCCUUGGAGAGCUCUUUGGUGUUGGCCAUGGUGGAGAGUUUGGAAUCUGAUUGAUUGAUUGCUUCUGUGGACAGGUGUAUUUUAUACAGGUAACAAACUGAGAUUAGGAGCACUCCCUUUACGAGUGUGCUCCUAAUCUCAGCUCGUUACCUGUAUAAAAGACACCUGGGAGCCAGAAAUCUUUCUGAUUGAGAGGGGGACAAAUAAUUAUUUCCCUCAUUAAAAUGCAAAUCAAUUUAUAACAUUUUGGACAUUUUUUUUGUUUUUAUUCUGUCUCUCACUGUUCAAAUAAACCUACCAUUAAAAUUAUAGACUGAUCAUUUCUUUGUCAGUGGGAAAACGUACAAAAUCAGCAGGGGAUCAAAUACUUUUUUCCCUCAUUGUAGCUUGUCCCAAAAAAGUGGUCUCUCGGUACAACUUACCCCGGGUACGGGGAUGACCUCUUCCUAAAUAUUUGGUCACAUGAUUAAUUUUGUGUAUGGUUUCCUCGAAACAAGGGGUGACUCAACUAACCCUUUGGCUCAAUUUACCCCACUCUCCCCUACAAUAAACAGUCAUGCUAAUCUGAGUAGUUUAUUUUUCAAAUGUAAGAAAUCAGCAUUCAAAGUAUCUUUGUAGAGCUGUUUUUCAUUUGAAACUCAAUUUGUGCAGAACACGUCUAUUUUUCAUCCUAGCACUGAAAAACAACUUAUCGGCAGACACAGUAUAUCAGAAUCAGUGUAUUUCGCCUUACAAAAAAUCGAAGUCAGACACAAAAAUCCCAUAGCCCAGGGUUCUUCAAUUCCGGUCCUGGAGGGCCGAAACACCUCUGUUUUUCAUCCUCUCCUUCUAAUCAGGGGCUAAUUCAGACCUGGGACACCAGGUGAGUGCAAUUAACUACCAGGUAGAAAUCCUCCAUGGCCGGAAUUGAAGAGCCCUGCCAUAGCCUAUCGCUCAGGCUCUAAUGGUGAAUGAUUUUAUUGUUCAUCUGCCCAGGGACUGGAGCUCAUGUUUAAAGACAAUUAGCUGGAAACAAUUUGCUGUUUACCUAUAUCUAGUACAAUGCAUACAACCUCAUGUGAAAUGUAUGUUUUAAGUGUACAAACUCUGUCAAAUAAACAUAAUAAUGAAUAAAUAGGAGAGCAUCAACUGGCAGAGGACAUUUUCGGUCAACCCCAUGGACUUUGAGCUGCUGCGCUCCGACUGGAAUGACCUGCGCUGCAACGUGUCUGGGAACCUGCAGCUGGCCGAGAGCGAGGUGGUGGAUGUGCUGGCACAGUACAUGGAGAAGCUCAACGAGCGCAACGGAGGGUUAGUGUGUGUUUGUGCCAGACCUGGGUUCAGAUACUGUUAUACAGUUGAAGUCGGAAGUUUACAUACACUUAGGUUGGAGUCAUUUAAAACUCGUUUUUCAACCACUCCACAAAUUUCUUGUUAACAAACUAUAGUUUUGGCAAGUUGGUUAGGACAUCUACUUUGUGCAUGACACAAGUAAUUUUUCCAAUAAUUGUUUAAAGACAGAUUAUUUCACUUAUAAUUCACUGUAUCACAAUUCCAGUGGGUCAGAAGUUUACAUACACAAAGUUGACUGUGCCUUUAAACAGCUUGGAAAAUUCCAGAAAAUGAUGUCAUGGCUUUAGAAGCUUCUGAUAGGCUAAUUUUCAUCAUUUGAGUAAAUUGGAGGUGUACCUGGGAAUGUAUUUCAAGGCCAACCUUCAAACUCAGUGCCUCUUUGCUUGACAUCAUGGGAAAAUCAAAAGAAAUCAGCCAAAUCCUCAGAAACACAAUUGUAGACCUCCACAAGUCUGGUUCAUCCUUGGGAGCAAUUUCCAAAUGCCUGAAGGUACCACGUUCAUCUGUACAAAAAAUAGUAUGCAAGUAUAAACACCAUGGGACCACGCAGCCGUCAUACCGCUCAGGAAGGAGACGCAUUCUGUCUCCGCUAACAUCAAAGCGGUGACCCGAUCCUGCAGGUUAAUGCUUUACAACAUUCGCAGAGUACGACCCUACCUUACACAGAAAGCGGCACAGGUCCUAAUCCAGGCACUUAUAAUCUACCGUCUGGAUUACUGCAACUCGCUUUUGAUUGGGCUCCCUGCCUGUGCCAUUAAACCCCUUCAACUUAUCCAGAAUGCUGCAGCCCGUCUGGUGUUCAACCUUCCCAAGUUCUCUCAUAUCACCCCGCUCCUCCGCACACUCCACUGGCUUCCAGUUGAGGCUCGCAUCUACUACAAGACCAUGGUGCUUGCCUACGGAGCUGUGAGGGGAAUGGCACCUCCUUACCUUCAGGCUCUGAUCAGAACCUACACCCAAACGAGGGCACUACGUUCAUCCACCUCUGGCCUGCUAGCUCCCCUACCUCUACGGAAGCACAGUUCCCGCUCAGCCCAGUCAAAGCUAUUCGCUGCUCUGGCACCCCAAUGGUGGAACAAGCUCCCCCUAUGACGCCAGGACAGCAGAGUCACUGACCACCUUCCGGAGACACUUGAAACCCUAUCUCUUUAAGGAAUACCUGGAAUAGUAUAAAGUAAUCCUUCUUUUCCCCCACCCCCCAUUAUUUUUUUUUUUUUUUUUUUUAAAGGUGGUUGUCCCAGUGGCUAUCAUAAGUUGAAUGCACCAAUUUGUAAGUUGCUCUGGAUAAGAGCGUCUGCUAAAUGAUGUAAAUGUCUCCUAGAGAUUAACGUACUUUGGUGCGAAAAGUGCAAGUCAAUCCCAGAACAAGAGCAAAGGACCUUGUGAAGAUGCUGGAGGAAACAGGUACAAAGGUAUCUAUAUCCACAGUAAAACGAGUCCUAUAUCGACAUAACCUGAAAGGCUGCUCAGCAAGGAAGAAGCCACUGCUCCAAAACGGCCAUAAAAAAGCCAGACUAUGGUUUGCAACUGCACAUGGGGAACUGCACAAAGAUCGUACUUUUUGGAGAAAUGUCCUGUGGUCUGAUGAAACAUAAAUAGAACUGUUUGGCCAUAAUGACCAUCAUUAUGUUUGGAGGGAAAAGGGCGACGCUUGCAAGUCGAAGAACACCAUCCCAACCGUGAUGCACGUGGGUGGCAGCAUCAUGCUGUGGGGGUGCUUUGCUGCAGGAGGGACUGGUGCACUUCACAAAAUAGAUGGCAUCAUGAGGAAGGAAAAUUAUGUGGAUAUAUUGAAUCAACAUAUCAAGACAUCAGUCAGGAAGUUAAAGCUUGGUCGCAAAUAGGUCUUCCAAAUGGACAAUGACCCCAAGCAUACUUCCAAAGUUGUGGCAAAAUGGCUUAAGGACAACAAAGUCAAGGUAUUGGAGUGGCCAUCACAAAGCCCUGACCUCAAUCCUAUAGAAAAUGUGUGGGAAGAACUGAAAAAGCAUGUGCGAGCAAGGAGGCCUACAAACCUGACUCGGUUACAGAAGCUCUGUCAGGAGGAAUGGGCCAAAAUUCACCCAACUUAUUGUGAGAAGCUUGUGGAAGGCUACCCAAAACAAUUUAAAGGCAAUGCAACCAAAUACUAAUUGAGUGUAUGUAAACUUCUGACCCACUGGGAAUGUGAUGAAAGAAAUAAAAGCUGAAACAUUUCACAUUCUUAAAAUAAAGUGGUGAUCCUAACUGACCUAAGACAGGGAAUUUUUACUAGGAUUAAAUGUCAGGAAUUGUGAAAAACUGAGUUUAAAUGUAUUUGGCUAAGGUGUAUGUAAACUUCCGACUUCAACUGUAAAUACUUUUAGCAUUUGCUUUAUCCUGCCUGGAGUGCCAGAUGGACGAGGUUUACAGUCUUGUGACUUUUUUAUUGGGUCAAUUGCCCCAGAAAAGCUCAAUCAAGCCCAGCUAAAGUAUUUGAACUGUGUGUGUGUUUGCGUGUGUUUGCGCGUGCAUGUGUAUUGGGUAGGGGAAAGAAGCAAUGUGGUGAAUAUGUUGAAGUUGUACGUUUGUUUUACUAAACCCACCCUCCCAUUCCUCCCCCAGUAUCUACACCCUUUUGCGGAUCAUCAAUGUGGAGAAGAGGCGAGACUCGGCCCGUGGGAACCGCUACUUGGUGGAGCUGGAGCUGAUGGAGCGCGGCCGGAAUGUGGUGCGCCUCUCGGAAUACAUCUACCUUCUGCUCCACCGUGGCCGUCUGGGCGGGGACAGCCUGGAGAACACGGAGUUCGUCCCCGCCUCGGCCCCUGCUAGGUCCCCCCCUGGUCUCAUCCUCACCACCCCCGCACCCCCAACCUCCACGCACCCCUCUGCCCAGCCCGGGGCCACCCAGUGGGGCACGGCCUAUGCCAACCCCCUGCUGUGCCAGCCGGUCAUGCUGCAGUGGCGGAAGGAUGUUAUGGUGCAUUUUGUGGUGCCAGGUAGGUACCAGGGGCCUCAUUUAGAAACCGUGAGUACGUAGAAGAUAUACCCCAAAAUGUGUGUGCGCCAGUUUUCACGCAAAAGUUGGCAUUUAUUUAUUUUUUGCUUGAAGUAAAACUUUAGACAAUGUGUACGCGCAUCUUCUAGUGGUUGAAAUAUUGUAUUGCAAGCUGGCAAGUAAGAAUUUUGUGCAAAUGGGGGAUAUGAUGAAAGGCUUAUUCAUAAAUAAAUAAAAACAGGAACACUUAUUAACAAGAAUGCAACCAUUUGCCAUUAGUGAGAAUCUGAAAUAGUUACAUAUAAUAAUCUUAUGAUAUUUUUCCUAUUUUAUUUUCAUAACCAUUGCAGAAUAUAUUCCUCACCUUUUCUUGCCGUGAUGGGUUCAUAUUCCUAAGGGGCCAUACAACAAAUUACCAUGCACAUCUCUUGUUUAAUUGGACCUAGUAGCCUAGUAAAUAGAUAGGCUAUAUGUAUUUCAAGUUUUGCAAUAUCAUAGGCAGCACGGUUUAUAAUACCAGUAUACAGGCGAAUUUAACAGCUGAUCUUUUACAUUGAAGUAGGCCUUGGUAUCAAGUUUCAAGAUUCAUGUUUUUAUUGUUUUUAUUGUCAUGUGCACAAGUAGCCUACAGUGAAAUGCCUUUCCCAACAAUGCAGUAAUGAAUAUCAGUAGUACUAUAGAAAAUAAAUAAAAAAGUCAAGUAGAACAAAAACACACAAGAAAUAACUGUAACUACUGCAUUUUUUUGAGUAGUCUGCCCUACAAUGUUUCAGAAUUUGUGGACAGUCCAUCAUAUUUAGGUUGGGGGAAAAAGUCGGUAUAAAACAUUUUUGAAUUCUAACGUUUUGCUGACAGGUCCACGACAAUGUUGUUAGGAAACUGACGCAGUCCUUUUCCAGAUACAGCAUAAAUUACUGCUAAAGAUUAUAACAUUCUGCCAACACAGUAAAUAGACCAGUAGCUUACAGUGCAUUCGGAAAGUAUUCAGACCCCUUGACUUUCCACAUUUUGUUAUGUUACAGGAUUAUUCUAAAAUGGAUUACAUAGUUUUUUUUCUAUCUACACACAAUACCCCAUAAUGACGAAGCAAAAACAGGUUAUUAGAAAUUUUUGCAAAAAUUAUUACAAAUAAAAAACGGAAAUUUCACAUUUGCAUAAGUAUUCAGACCCUUUACUCAGUACUUUGUUGAAGCACCUUUGGCAGCGAUUACAGCCUCGAGUCUUCUUGGGUAUGACGCUACAAGCUUGGCACACCUGUAUUUGGGGAGUUUCUCCCAUUCUUCUCUUCAGAUCCUCUCAAGCUCUGUCAGGUUGGAUGUGGAUCGUCGCUGCACAGAUAUUUUCAGGUCUCUCCAGAGAUGUUCGAUUGGGUUCAAAUCUGGGCUCUGGCUGGGCCACUCAAGGACAUUGAGACUUGUCCGGAAGCCACUCCUGCGUUGUAUUGGCUGUGUGCUUAGGGUCAUUGUCCUGUUGGAAGGUGAACCUUCUCCCCAGUCAGAGGUCCUGAGCGCUCUGGAGCAGGUUUUCAUCAAGAAUCUCUCUGUACUUUUCUCCGUUCAUCUUUCCCUCAAUCCUGACUAGUCUCCCUGUCCCUGCCGCUGAAAAACAUCCCCACAGCAUAAUGCUGCCACCACCAUGCUUCCCCUUAGGGAUGGUGCCAGGUUUCCUCCAGAUGUGAUGCUUGGCAUUCAGGCCAAAGAGUUCAAUCUUGGUUUCUUCAGACCAGAGAAUCUUGUUUCUCAUGGUCUGAGAGUCUUUUAGGUGCCUUUUGGCAAACUCCAAGCGGGCUGUCAUGUGCCUUUUACUGAGGAGUGGCUUCUGUCUGGCCACUCUACCAUAAAGGCCUGAUUUGGUGGAGUGCUGAAGAGAUUGUUGUCCAUCUGGAAGAUUCUCCCAUCUCCACAGAAGGACUCUGGAGCUCCUUCAGAGUGACAAUCGGGAUCUUGGUCACCUCCCUGACCAAGGCCCUUCUCCCCCUAUUGCUCAGUUUGGCCGGGCGGCCAGCUCUAGGAAGAGUCUUGGUGGUUCCAAACUUCAUCCAUUGAAGAAUGAUGGAGGCCACUGUGUUCUUGAUAGCACUACUGGGUGAUCUGAAAAGUCAUAGUCAAUCGAUCAAUAAUAUAAUAAUACUUUUAGCAAAUAUGUUUAUUUUCAAUUCACAAACUGUAGAAACAAUGAGAAUAGAAAGGUUCAGAACUUUUGUAAAACAUCACAGUACAGUUGAAAAAUAUAUAUGGCAAAUAGAAAUCCAAUAUGGAUGGUGUAAAGAGAUAGAUGGGAGGUGUUGAAUGGAGCUGAAGGAUGGGACUAAUAACAACAACUAAUAAGAACAAGAUAACUAGUGUAAGACAUGCUGUGUCCAUAAUAAGUAUAUAGGUUAUAUAUUGUGAGCUUUUGUGAAAGAGCACAGUUAGAAAGAUAUGGCAUAUAGAAGCAUAUCAGAUGGACAUCAUGAAAAUGAUCGGAGGAAGUUCAGGAGUAAAAACAAACAAAAUAUAAUUAUUGACUGUGUCCAUAAAAUGUAUAUAGUAUGUAUAAGCAUGAAGUAGAGGCCUAAGCAUUGUUGUUCACUAGUUUACUCCAAUUAGGGAAGGGAUGGUGGGGUUGGAAAGUAAUAAAGGGAAAUAUAUAUAUUUUUAAAGGAUAUGUAUGAAUGUGUGUGUAUAUAUAUAUAUAUAUAUAUAUAUAUAUAUAUAUAUAUAUAUAUAUAUAUGCGAGAGAAAAAAAACAUAUGGGGGAUUGGAAGUGAUGCAGACAAUUACAUUGAUGGAAGUUACAAUCUAUCUGCAAUAUUAAAGCUGAUCUACCCUCUCGAAAAAUAAAAAUAAAAAGAAUGAUGGAGGCCACUGUGUUCUUGGGGACCUUCAAUGCUGUAGACAUUUUUUUGGUACCCUUCCCCAGAUCUGUGCCUCGACACAAUCCUGUCUCAGAGUUGGUUUUUGCUCUGACAUGCACUGUCAACUGUGGGACUUUAUAUAGACAGGUGUGUGCCUUUCCAAAUCAUGUCCAAUCAAUUGAAUUUACCACAGGUGGACUCCAAUCAAGUUGUAGCAACAUUUCAAGGAUGAUCAAUGGAAACAGGAUGCACCUGAGCUCAAUUUCGAGUCUCAUAGCAAAUGGUCUGAAUACUUAUGUAAAUAAGGUAUUUCUGUUUUCUAAAAAUCUGUUUUUGCUUUGUCAUUAUGGGGUAUUGUGUGUAGAUUGAUGGGGACAAACAUUUAUUUAAUCAAUUUUAGAAUAAGUCUGUAACAUAACAAAAUGUGAAAAAAGUCAAGGGGUCUGAAUGCUUUCCGAAUGCACUCCAUGUAAAAUAUUUGACAGUAUGUGUAGGCUACAGUAUUGCUGUGCGAUAAGAGCGCGUAAUCAUUUCCUUUUUAAUCUCAGAGCCUAUACCAAGGCAGGACAUUUAAACCCAAUAAUCUAUUGAUAAACGACAUAUUGAACAACAAUUUGUCUUUUGCAUGCCUUGGCCUAAUGCCAAUUGUUCCAAAUUAUACAGCAAAUAAAGGGUGUAGUUGUUACCAUAAAAGGUGAACGGAGGUGUUUUCCAGGCGGUGUUUUAGUGCUUGUUCUUCGACAGGUCUGAGUUAUAACAGGAAACAUGCGUAUGUAUGGCGUGUGGCAAGUUUAUAAAUCUCAAUAUUUUUGUACGUGUGCAGACUUUUCAGAAAUGGAGCACGCAGACAUUUUGUGUGAAAUUUACAUUUUAGUCAUUUAGCGGACGCUCUUAUCCAGAGCGACUUACAGUUAGUGAGUGCAUACAUUUUCAUACUGGCCCCCCGUGGGAAAUGAACCCACAAGCCUGGCGUUGCAAGUGCCAUGCUCUACCAACUGAGCUACAGGGGACUGUGUAUUCAAUGUAUUCAACGGUUAUAAAUGAGGCCCCAGUACUGGAGGGGUGGACCUAUCGUUAGGUCACUAGUCCCUUCUCCAACAGUAGUGUUUCUCAAACCAUUUCUCAAGGACUCCCACACGUUUCACAAUUUUUUUUGUAGCCCUGGAAAGUGUGCUAGCUCUGGAAUAGAUCAACUACAUGAAACGGCUGGGGGUCCCUGAGGAGAGGUUUGGAAAAUGCAGCACAGACACUCUUGUAGAUCUGAAAGGAAAGCUUGGGAAUUGAAGAUUGCUAUAUCUGAUUUAGCUAGUGUUGUGUUGAAACACAAUUUUUCCCUCUCUCAAUUCAUUUCAAUAUUGGCAUGGAAAGUUAAAGCACUUACCACUCUCUCUGUGUGUCUCUAGUGAAGAACCAGGCUCGCUGGGUGCAGCAGUUCAUCACAGACAUGGAGGAGCUGCACCGGCAGACUAAGGACGACAACUUCAGCAUCAUCAUUGUCGACUUCGAGAGCACCGACAUGGACGUGGAGCAGGCCCUCCGAGAGAGCACUGUGCCUAGGUGCGUGUGUGUGUGUGUGUGGGUGUGUGUGUUUCUCAGACUUAAUCCAAAGCUCCAUAGGAGUGCAUUUUAAUUACUACAGGAAUUGAAUGGAUUCAGGUAUUUAAAAACAGUCCUAUGGAGCAAUUCCAACUGACACAAACACAUAAUGGAUAUGUAAUUGGACCAAACCCUGGAGUUAACUGAUGUGAUUGUCUGUGUGUUUUGUUAGGUAUGAGUACUUGAGAAGAGAAGGGAACUUUGAGCGCUCAGCAGGACUACAGAUCGGAGUGGACACUAUCGAGGUGAGAGAUAGCAGACCUACAGGAAGGGAAAGAGAGAAGGUAUCUCUCUAUUUGAAUUCAUAAACAGCCAAUACAUUUGCAAAUUCACUGAUUGAGGUGACACACAUUCACACUCAGUAGAGAGCAGGCUGAAGCUUCUAGACGACAUUUUACUAUCACAAUGGCACAUGCCAUGAGCAUACUAACCAUAGCAUUUCACAUAGACAGGUUGAGUAAUAUAAAAAGCUGCAGCACAAUUGAUGUUGGAACUCUUGUAACUGUAACUCAACCUCAGUGAGGAGGUAUUUUUUAAUACAGUGAGAUAGUCACGGUAUAUGCCAUGAAAUCGUGAGGUGCAGUAUUGGUUCGUUUCUGACUGUGAAGACUGGCAAGAGGUCAAGCGGUCUCAGAUGCUCCCAAGAGAGUCACAGACUCUGUAGCUCAGCUGGUAGAGCACAGCGCUUGUAACGCCAAGGUAGUGGGUUCAAUCCCCGGGACCACCCAUACACAAAAAUGUAUGUACGCAUGACUGUAAGUCGCUUUGGAUAAAAGCGUCUGCUAAAUGGCAUAUUAUUAUUAUUCAAACUGUCCAGUUCUCUGUGACCCCAUAGCCUGACAGAUUGAUAGACAGACAGACAGGCAGACAGAUAUGUAUUCAAUGUUUUAUUCAAUGGUGUUCUCUUUUUGUGUGUGUGUGACAGGGAUUUGCGCAGACAGUUAUCUGUCAUUGGAGUGUCAAAGCUGUCACGUUGACUUUCUCUAUUUUUCUUUCCCUCUCCUACUACUACCCUCCCCUCUAUCUCUCUCUCCGUUCUCUCUCUUUCUCUCAACUCUGUCUCUCUUGUUCUUUCUAUCUGUCUCGCUCUCUCUCUCUGUGCGACAGGGAUUUGGGCAGACCGUUAUUUAUCAUUGGAGUGUCAUGACUGUCACAUAGACUUUCUCUCUCUCUCUCACUCACUCACUCACUUUCUCUCUCUCUCUCUCUCUCUCUCUCUCUCUCUCUCUCUCUCUCUCUCUCUCUCUCUCUCUCUCUCUCAAUGCAACAGAGAUUUGGGUAAACAGUUAUCUGUCAUUUGAGUGUCAGACCUGUCACAUGGGGAAGACUGGGGUGUCACUCACAGUUGAAUGACUGUGGGUGUUUUAUAUCAAACCCCUUCACACACAUACAGACACACGAGUGCAUGCUUCAGACACACACACACACAUAAACACACACACACACACAACACACACACAGAAGAGUAGAACAUUUCGAUUGGCUGUUUUUGGGUGGCGUUUGAGUUUGUGGGACUGAGUAUGUUGGGGGUCUGUAACCAUGAUUGUGUGUACUUUAGUUUUGAUUACACCGUAUUUGUGUGUAUGUGUGUUUUACAGGACAACCACAGUAUAGCGUUCUUGUGUGACCUUCACAUCCACUUCCCCCUCAACAUCCUGGAGAGCAUCAGGAAGCACUGUGUAGAGGGACGUCUGGCCUUCGCCCCUAUUGUCAUGAGACUGGGCUGUGGCAGCUCCCCACUAGAGCCUGACGGUAAUACACACAUGAUACACACACACACACACACACACGCACACACAUCUCGCACGCAGCAUGCACACACACAUACACACACACCAUGUUUGGGAUUUACUAAGUCAGACUGCCUUUCCCUCUGCAGGCUACUGGGAGGUGAAUGGCUUUGGCCUGUUUGGAAUUUAUAAGUCGGACUUUGAUAAGAUCGGAGGGAUGAACACGGAGGAGUUUAAAGACCGCUGGGGAGGAGAGGACUGGGAACUACUGGACAGGUAACCUGGCAACCCUCACCAUUGCAAACACAACACUCUCUGCUUCCUAACCCUCUUUCCCCUCUAUCCGGGCUCUUUCUCAAUUGUCUUAAAAUUAUACCUUCUCUUCUUCAUUGCACUGAUUUGAAAGCGGCUAAUGAUGAGCUUCCACCACAUUGUUUUCAUCUGUUAAGUAAUUUCUAAUCAUUGGAGGCGACGAGAAAAGGAGUGAUUUUUUGGUGGGGGCAAUCACUGGCUCCUAACCUGAUUGUUCCUCUCUUCCCUUCUUCCAGGGUACUACAGAACGGUCUGGAGGUGGAGAGACUGAGACUGAGGAACUUCUUCCACUACUACCACUCCAAAAGGGGCAUGUGGAACGCUCAGAACAAGAAAACCCCCAAGGGAGGGGGAUAG